AUGGCGACAGGGGUGAGUAAGAUGGAGAGAUGCUUUGUCACUGAAUUUUUAUUUGCAUUUCAGCAACCAUCUGUACAGAAUCUGCCCCAUCCGUCAACUUAUCAAUUACCCUUUAGUAUAUCUGACAUAGUUAGCCCAUUUAAACUUCAUUUCCAUGUUUAUUUGUUCCCCUCAUACAGUCUUUCUUGACGAUGCAGCGUAAUAGCAUUCGCGGUGGUAAAAUGACGCCUCUUUCCGUGCUUUGUGCCACGUUGGGUUCUUCAGAGUCCGUGACGAAUAAUGAAUGAUAAUUACUUGCUGUCGAUUUUAUACCUCCCGCGUGUCAUGGCUUAUUUACAGCUUUUAUUUGUCAAUCAAAGUAUCCAAAUAUUGCCAUCCGGAGUCUCUGGGUAGCAUACUUGUGGCUACUUAGCUAACUAGUUAGGUACCUAAUGGAAAGUAGGUGGUACUAGCUAACAGUAGGUGGCAAACUAACUCGUUUGCUUGCUGUUUGGAUAGGGUUGUGGCCAACUUUGGGGGUAAGCCACUACCAAUGCAGGAUAUUCAUUAUGGUUGCCAAAGCAUCAUCUUUGUGAUCCGCCAGUGAUGUACCGUGAUGACUUGGCAUAACUUUGCUUUUAGCUAGUUCAGUAGCCAAUGCAAAUAAGUGAAAUUUAAAGGGGUAUAUCCUCUGCCCGCAUUGGGUGUAACUAUAGGCCAAUAAUGCUUGCAUAUCUUGUAGAUUCCCAACACCCAGGGUCUAAUUGAGUUGGUUGUUGUAUAGCUGUUGUGAGAUAUUAGGAAUACAUUUUUGGCACUGGAAUGGCUAUUUUUUGCAUGUAAUAAGCUGUUCUGUUACUGACAUCGUCCUGAUGUAUUUUGGCUAUGCAUUAAAAUGCUUUUACCAGUAAUCAGCUUCCAGGCUAGCCCAAAGGCUGGCAGAUUGUGAUAUUGAGUCGUUUCAUCUUACCAUCCGAAGUUAGUGUAUGCAGCUGGCUAUACACCCCUAUCCCCCGUGGUUAGUACAUAAAACAUUAUCCAUUCAGUGACUAAUAUCUAGGAAUGCAAGUCUCGGAUGUUGCGUAUUGCGUUUAGCCAAUCGGGCUGCAGCAGUCUGUUUAUCCCUGGCUAAACGCUGGGCACAACAUAUGGAAGUAGCAUUAGCCAAUAGCAUGGUAGAAAAUUAUGUUUUAUAAAGAAAGUGAGCAUAUUUGGCCCGUUUUUUUUUUUAAAUGCCUACUCGCCAUUACAUCUUGUUAAGGAGGAAAUCCAUUCCUUUGCAGCCUGACUGGAGAAUGUUUUAUGUACGAACCGGUCCACAUGGGAUAGGAAUGCACCAAUUUGUAAGUCGCUCUGGAUAAGAGCGUCUGCUAAAUGACGUAAAUGUAAUACGAGUAUAAUAGCCGGCUGCAUACGUUCCCUUUGACGGUAAAAUGGAACGACUCCAUGUCGCCAUCUGCCGGCCUUUGGGAUACAUCUAGGACUAUUUCCUACCAUUGAUGAUGUGGUGAGAACGGAUGUAGGCAUCUCUAUUGUAUGUCCACCAGGCCUGUUCCAAGUCAUUUACGUCAUUGUCUAAAUGCCCGUGUCAAUGAAUAAUCUGAAUUGGCAGUGGCGGUCAUGAAUUUUUGUCAGCUGGUGAUUUUUCAAGCAAAUAACUGCCGGUCUCACUGUAAUUGACCAUUAAUGAACAUAAACAGGUUUACCAUCUCCUGGCUUUCAUGCAUAGCCUAUAAGCCUGAUGCAGACCUUUCGGAACAUCUACAUAAAACAACAUUAGAAUAAAUAAUUGUAAUAUAGCCUACACCAUCACAAUAAAUCCAUUAUUUAUUUUAGACAGGUCUGAAGAAACAUAUGAAGAAAAUGUAGUCUAUUUCAGAAGAACAGAAUAGUGUACUCUGAGUUGUCCUUAUGUUGAGGCCCUGAACUGGCUAUGGCUGUGGGUUACAGUAGUUCAUUUAGCAGACAAGAUUUGCUUAGAAUUCCGUGGCAUUAUUUUAUAGUAUGUAGAGUACAAUUGAACAAAGCUGAAUAAAAUAGAAAGGAUAUUUUCUCCAAACGAUUUCGGAGGGAGUGUGCACAUGAGGCUAUUCUGUGUUGAGCGGUUAACAAAUCAACAGUUCCUCCUAUAUGCUUAAUUUAGUUAUUUUGGCAACCUUUGUUGUGAUACAAAUGUUGGGGUAUAAGUUUGGAUUUUUAAUACAUUCUAAGGCUGCAUGAUGUGACUAAUGAUGAUUUCAAAAAAGUGACAUGAAAGGCAUGAGUUCUGCAUUGUAUCUUGCUCAGGCUGCACACACUUCAUCAGUCUCUCAUUCACAAUUUGACAAGCACUUGAUAAUAUUCUCACCAGGCCUUGAAUUUCUCGUGGUAUUCCCCUUGUGUGGCCGUAAUGGCCCCUAAAAAAAAUUCCAUGCCUUUUUUAUAAUUCCCUUCUCCCGGCUGCCAGUUGCCCUGCUCCAAAGCACCUCUCACUCACACGGCUCUCUCAGAUAUCUCAAUUCUUAUUAGCUAAGCCCGUCACGUGAUCGGGUCCUUCUCACAGGCAUCUCAGCUCCGAAGUAGGCUACAAGUGAAGACCGACACAUCGGGGACGCAACUGCGCGCUUCAUCGAAUUCCAAGGCCCAUAUUGAAGAUAUUGUCAGCCAACAAGAUGAGUAGGCCUAACGAACAGCAAAAGCACUAGCCUAUGUCAAUCUACUAUCCCCCAUAGUACCAAAGUUGACAUAUUCUAUUGGUCAACUUGUUCUUCAGUGCGAGAAAUAGCUAUUCCAUACAUAGUCUGGGACAGUUGUGGGAUGCGAUAGAUCCCAAAUUAAUACAACCACUAGCAUCAAUAAACCCUUUUAAACACAAUGACGCUGAUGCAACAGAUCAGAACGGUAGGCUCUACACCGGUUGUAAUGCGGAUUAAUGUGCUCAAUUUUAAGAAGUUAUUUGGCCACUUCAGUUGUGAUACAAACCUUAUCAAAACAUAGGCCUAUAGGCUAGGCUACAUGAGGUGUGCGACUAUGAUUUGAAAAAGUUGCCCAAAAAAAAGGCAUGCAGUGUUUCUUGCCUUACUGCACACGCUGGGCAUCAUUCACAAGCCAGGUAGGCUAUACUCCUGUUGUAAAGCGCAGCAAUAAACUUACUAUUAGGAAAGUUGAGAAAUAAAUAUAGUAGGCCUAGCCUAUAGCUGAUGGGAUCCUCCUCUUUUUAAUAGAGGCCAUCAAAACUCUGUUUUCUCACGCAAUUCCAUAGCCUAUAGAAAUGUUGCGCAACAAACAUGAAGUGUUUGAUUUAGAUUUUUGAUAACAGAGUGAUUAGAGGGACAAUAGAGCACUGAGUACCAGGCAGUUAGCAAGUUUGGUAGGCUACUAAUGACCAGCAGAAGCAUCAGCGCUUGGAGAAGCAUAGUUACCGGGACUAAACAGUCACGUGGAAUUUCACUGCCUUCUUGACUCGUGACCGCCGGUGUGGCGGUAAUACGGUCACCGCAACAGCCCUGAGUAGGACUAGGCUGUUUAUCUGUGUCCGGGAAACUGUCCCAUACUGUAGGGUGUCUGCACACUCUGCCCCAAGUGGUUGGAAACAAGCUUUGGUAAUUACGUUUCACUUCCUUGUGUUAUAAAAUACAUUUUACCAAGACAAAUAUGAUUAUUCAUGUUCUGAAUCGUUGAGUGGGAUCUUUCUCUAACGUAUCGACAUUUAUAUCCAAAAAGUUGAAUUUCGUAACCUAAUACAGCCAAUAAUAAUUUACAUUUUAGUCAUUUAGCAGACGCUCUUAUCCAGAGCGACUUACAGUUAGUAAUUAAAUUACAUUAUUUUUUAUUUUUUUAUACUGGCCCCCCGUGGGAAUCGAACCCACAACCCUGGCGUUGCAAACGCCAUGCUCUAUCAACUGAGCUAUAUCCCUGCCGGCCAUUCCCUCCCCUACCCUGGACGACGCUGGGCCAAUUGUGCGCCGCCCCAUGAGUCUAUCACAGAGCUCUGUUGACCGCGCGGCGCCGCUUUCUCACAGCGACUUUUGAUUAUUUUACACGUGGUUAUCGUUUGCAAAGUGGUUUCCACGGGUCGCAAAAUUAACGCGACGCUGAGCCUGAAUUCAAUGUAAAAGGCUUCGAAGAUAAAAACGUUUGCUGUGCUCUCAGUGCUACGUUGACAUUUCACAGAGAUACGCUUGUUUUUGUGAGAAAUCUUUGAAAAAAAGAACAGGAAUUUGGCAUUAAUCUGAAAAGCGUAUAUACUAAAAUAUGAAAAUGCUACAUGUCAUGUCGCAAUCGAUAUCUGCCAAUCCUCUGUUUUAUAUCCGCCUGAUUGGAGAAGAAAUAUGAGGAGUUCAACGGUGAGCCUCUCAGGUAGCCUUAACUCUCUCACAGCAUCCAGCCCUACUGACGCAAUGCUGUUUUCCUGAUUUUUUUUUUUUGUUGACCACUUUAUUUUUCUCUGGCCUCCAUUGAUUAAGUCACCCUAAUUUUGGUCAUCCUACAAGGGUAUAAAAACUCCAAUAAGUUUUGUUUAUAUACACAAUUAUACAUAUUAUUAACAUAAUUUGACACAUUGGUCAAAAGGUGUUUUUGAUUGAACACUCUACAUAGCCUACUGUUAAAAACCCCAUAGUGAUGUAGCUACUGGUGAUUCUACUAGUCGAUCCUACCUAAACCACCACCUGGAUCGAGAUGGACUGCUGUGUACAGGGGUUUCCCCCCCCCCCCCCAUUUUAAUGUAGUUGUGAUGGUUCCCUCUCCUCCCGUCCACAGACUCUGUACACGUAUCCAGAGAACUGGAGAGCCUUCAAGGCUCAGAUUGCAGCCCAGUACAGUGGGGCACGCCUCAAGGUACCGUUUUGACCUGCCUUAUCAUAUGUAUUUAUUCUUAUUGUCCUGUGAUUGUUUUUACUAUGGCUGUAAGGAGGACAAACUUAAGUCUGCGUUUACACAGGCAGCCCAAUUCUGAUCAUUUGCCACCAAUUAGGUCAUUUGACCUAUCAGUUAUUUUGCCCGUAAUUGGUCAAAAUAUCAGAAUUGUGCUGCCUGAGUAAACACAGCCUAAUUUCCUCUUGGGAUUAAUAAAGUAUCAUCUCAUCUCUCUCUAAGGUGGCCAGCAGCGCCCCUGCCUUCACCUUUGGGCAGACGAACCGUACCCCUGCCUUCCUCAACAACUUCCCCUUGGGCAAGGUCGGUUUCUGCAUCGGUUUUGUAAUGGGAUCUGUCUUAAAUGGCACCCUAUUCCCUACACAGUGCACUACUUUUGACCCAGGGUCUUAUAUAGGGAAUAGGGUGCCACUUGGGAUACUGCCGUGGUUUACAGUGUCCUUGAACUUGGAUGAUAAGAUGUUGUAUUGUCUGUGGUAGCAGGCCUAUAUUACCAACAUAGUUUGUAUGAUGCAAUGAUGUUUUGAAUUUCUUCACCUGAAAUAAUCAUGAAGUUUUCAUUUGAGCUUUUUAACCCUGAGCAUCAGAAGUAAGCAUUUACUAUUUUAAGACUUCUGGGUCGAUCAUAGCCUGGUCCCAGAUCUGUUUGUGCUUUCAUAUCAACUCCUUGUCAUGCCAAACACUGCAUGAUGGCACAAACAGACUGGUGCCCAAGCUAGAUUGAACAUGGGUUUCAUAUCAAUGCUGUAUUUUCCCAUAGAGUAAAAAAAUAUAUGUUGGUGUCGCCCAUCUAGGACAGGUGUUGAAAAUGGACUCAAGCUAAUCAAAUAAAUGACUGAAUCUGUUUUCCUUUUUUAAACCGUCUCCCUCAUCAGGUUCCAGCCUUUCAGGGCGACGACGGCUUUUGUCUUUUCGAGAGUAAUGCCAUUGCUCACUACCGUAAGUCUGCUUUUCACAUCCUGUAUUUUUCUGUGGAUACGUCCCAAAUGGCAUCCUAUUCUCUAUAUAGUGCACUACAUUUGACCAGGUGCCAUAGGGCAGUGUUCCCUCAAAGUUCAGGUCUGCUGAGCGCAAACUUCAACGUUGUGAAAAUUCUGUGCAACUUCCGGCGUGUUGUUUACUGUGAACUCUGAGGCUGUACCCGCUUUAAGUUAGCCACUGUUAAAACUAUUUGAUCAUAAUGUAGGCCUACCAGAGUGGCCUACCAUCAAAAACAAUGGAGAAAAUGCAUCCCAUAACAUUUUAACAUGGAAAUAGCUGUUCAGUCACUCAGCCUACAGUAGCAGCCAAUGUGUGGUGUUCAAUGUAGGCCUACAUUCCAUGAGACUUUUUUUUAGAACAUGCAGGGCUUAACAUUAACCUGUUUAUCCACUUGACCUUCAGACAAGGAGGUGACUGAAAAUGUUGUUGUGGUGUUUCAUGCAAGAAACAAAAUCAAAUGCAUUAUUAUUCCCAUACCAUUAUUACAGAGAAUCAGAGAAUUUAUGCUACCCUAUACCUAUUGGCUACUUAGCUUAUCCAAGCCUGUCUCAAAGUAAAUCCCUGCGACUUUGAGGCAAAAAAAAAAAAGCUCUUUACCAGACUCGCUUUUCAAAGAUGGCUAAAAAUGCACAAGUACUCUUGUAAGGAUUCACACCCCUAUUGCUGACUACAAAUGAUCACUAACUAGCAAAGGAUGUGAACAAAAUGUGCAGCUCUCGCUUUGAUCUCAAAACAAGCGCAUCUACUCACAACCACUCAUGCUGUAAACACAGUCCAGUUCAAAGUGAUUGAAACACAUAUCCAUAAAUGGCAAUGGUCUAUUUGCAUAUAGGCCUACUGCAGCUCUGAUUGGUUGAGUCGUGCCUGUCUAAGCAAUAGAAUCCUACUCCGAUUCGUUCUGCCUACAACCAAAAUCUCUUGCAUAAUUACCUUGGCAUAUUAAUAAGUCUUGCAUAGUUUUUGUUUCGGUAUGUUGGAUUGAAAGUGGCUAAUGUUGCGUUGAUUCUAUCACAAUUCCCACAGUAAAGGGAAACGUUGAUAGUGUUAACUAACGGGGGAAACUCUUGAAAGUUGAGUGAAGUUCAAUCUCGUGCUUCUCUGCGCGGGCUGAUAUUUCUUCUGUGUGCUGAUCUUAGAGGGAACAUUGGCCAUAGGGUAGUGCACUAUGUAGGGAAUAUGAGGUCAUUUGGGACUUGGCAUUAUGUACUCUAGCCCUUCCACAUUUUCUGUGGACUAUAAGUGCCUGAAGAUGGAUUGUUUUGAUCCUUUAAGACAGGGGUGGCCAGCUACCCUCCUCCUUGAUAGCUACCCUCAUACAGGGUUUGGUUUCCAACUGCCAUAAUUGAACAUCCGAUUCUACUAAUCAGCUGCCAAUCAUGAACUUGAUUGGCUGCGUCGGGUGUUUUGUUUUGGGGGUGCAACCUUGGGCUUCAGCCCCAUUCUCCACCCUUCUUCCAGUGUACAUUUGCACACUUUCUCACAUGGAUUUAACAAGGUUGCAGAAUUGGGUGACAGCCCAAGCCUGUUUAGCCAGUAUCUCUCCAGAGGCCUCAUUUAUCAAUAUCUAAUAUGCAAAGCUAGAUCCGCUAUCAUGAAAAAUGCAUACACAAAAUCCAUGUGAGAUUUAUAAAAAAAAUCUUAUCUCUGUAGUUGUUAUGCAGACGGUAGUGUAUGCUAGAGAGUAGUGUUGGGCGGUAUACUGAGGUAUUUAGAAAUAGCCACGGGAUGGUUUUUAAUACUGUCAAUACCGUUAACUAUUUCUUUGAAGUUUUUCCCAAUACAUUUUGAAUAUUUGUAGCUACUUAAGGAAAUACCUGCAUUCAACUUGUGCAAUAUGGUAGGAGAUAAAGCAAAUUGCGUUAUUCAUUUUGCCUGUCACAUUUAUUUUUCAUUAUGAAGCUUACCGUAGUUCCCCAGAACAGCAGCCAGUCACGUGUUCGUUGUAAAGAGCACAACAGGAGAAAGCUGGAGCUGGUGAGUCCAUAGUGUUCUAUAUCUAUCAGUGAGUCUCUGCUGGUGAGUCCAUAGUGUUCUAUAUCUAUCAGUGAGUCUCUGUUGGUGAGUCCAUAGUGUUCUAUAUCUAUCAGUGAGUCUCUGCUGGUGAGUCCAUAGUGUUCUAUAUCUAUCAGUGAGUCCAUAGUGUUCUAUAUCUAUCAGUGAGUCCAUAGUGUUCUAUAUCUAUCAGUGAGUCCAUAGUGUUCUAUAUCUAUCAGUGAGUCCAUAGUGUUCUAUAUCUAUCAGUGAGUCCAUAGUGUUCUAUAUCUAUCAGUGAGUCCAUAGUGUUCUAUAUCUAUCAGUGAGUCUCUGCUGGUGAGUCCAUAGCGUUCUAUAUCUAGCAGUGAGUCUCUGCUGGUGAGUCCAUAGUGUUCUAUAUCUAUCAGUGAGUCCAUAGUGUUCUAUAUCUAUCGGUGAGUCUCUCUUGGUUGUGCGGCUCACAUGAGGUGAUGAAGUAUGCCAUUCACUACUAAAUGUUUCUCAUCAGAUAUCUUAUAACUGUCUAAGAUGUGCUGUACUCUCCGGCUGUGUAUUUGGUUGGUUUCUUGUUAGUUGUGUAAGGAAGUUGCUGAGUUAAUAAAGACACAGUGUUAGCUUUCUGCUGUAUUUUAGGAGUCAAAGAUCUCUGGGUGAGUUCUCUGUAGAGCUUCCCACUAGUGUUUUUCCCCCCCUGUGCUUCCACUAGUGUUUUUUCCCCCACUGUGCUUCCCGCUAGUGUUUUUUCCCCCCCUGUGCUUCCCGCUAGUGUGUGUUUUCCCUAGUGCUUCCCGCUAGUGUGUUCCCCCCCCCCCCCCGUGCUUCCCGCUAUUGUUUUCUUCCUCCUCUGUUCUCCUCCCCUCUGCUCUGUGAUCACAUGCUGCUCUUCCUUCAAACAAGCAUGCAUCAACUCUUUUUAUUUGCAUUAUUUCUCUCGUUCACUUUCGCUUGUAAAUGUCCACUAGCUAUAAAUGGCUACUAGCUAUACUUUUAUAACUUCAUGAGCUGGAUGUGCCUGUCUUUGCAAUUACGUUGUUAUUUUGCGCUUGUUAGCAUUUAGCUAAAAGCGUCCAUGGGAAUUCAAGAUUACUUGUGCUAAUUUUGUUAGCAUUCUGGUAAUUGACGCCCAGUGGGCUUUUUGUUUCUAGCGCCCCCUUUGUGUGCUAUGACGAUAAUACCGUAAAUCCUGGGAUGGCAGAAGAACAGUAUGAGGGUAUGAAAAUCUGCAUACCGCCCCAAGGCUACUAGAGAACUGCAAUGGUUUGAGGCCCUGUCCUCUCCUGUAGUGUCUAAUAAAGCAUGGUUUCCCAAACUCUGUCCUGCCCCCCCCGGUGCAUGUUUAGUUUUUUUGUGCUAGUGCUACACAGCUGAUUCAAAUAACCGGCUCAUCAUAAAGCUUUGAUUAUUUGAAUCAGCUGUUUAGUGAUUGGGCAAAAAAACCUAAAUGUGUGCCCAGGGGGGCCCCAUGACUGUGUUUGGAGAAACCCUGUGCUAGAGAACUGAGAUGGUUUGAGGAGGCCUUGUUGUGUUUCCUCCAUGCAAGGCUAUAGGUAAACCUCACACAGAAAACAAAACGAAAUUGUUUAACCUCUAUGCUUCUUAAACGUUGGUAAAUGCUGAAAUCAUUGAGGGGGGGGGGGAAUAACUACUGUUAGCAAACAGUUAACAAAACUUUAAUAUUUUUCCUGAUCAAUGGCAACUGUUUAGAUGAUUCACAGGUUAUUGACACAAGUUACUAGUUCCAUCCUUAGCAUUGGAAACAGCACCAGGGUCUGUCGUAGCCGGCCGCGACCGGGAGACCCAUGGGGCGGCGCACAAUUGGUCCAGGGUAGGGGAGGGAAUGGCCGGCAGGGAUGUAGCUCAGUUGGUAGAGCAUGGCGUUUGCAACGCCAGGGUUGUGGGUUCGUUUCCCACGGGGGGGCCAGUAUGAAAAAAAUAACGUAUGCACUCACUAACUGUAAGUCGCUCUGGAUAAGAGCGUCUGCUAAAUGACAAAACUGUAAAAAUGUAAAUGUAUAAGGAUUAACACCAGUAACCUACUGGUAGAGUAUCCGCUCUGAUCCUGGAUACAAGUCAUGACUGUACUGUGUCUUCUAAGAAAGGCCACCGGGCUGAAACGUCCACCAAAUCGCCAUAUCCACCUUUUUUGUAAACAUGGAUUGAAAAGAUACAGAUCACGCAGCAUUUUGCUUGGAUUCACUGCCGUUUGGGACGGCGUUACCUGUUAAGCUCUGUGCCCACAUUCCUCAUCUAAUGGACUGUCUUCAUCCCCCAGUGAGCAAUGAGGCACUGCGUGGCAGCAGUCCCCAGGCCCAGUCCCAGGUGCUUCAAUGGGUGAGCUUUGCUGACGCUGAGAUCAUCCCUCCAGCCUCUGCGUGGGUCUUCCCCACCUUGGGAAUCAUGCAGUUCAACAAACAGGUAUGUACUGUUAUCGCUGACUCUCUUUCUGGGCGCGUUCCAGCUCCUCUUUUAUUGCAGUUACACUGUAGAUUAUCAGAUAUCACAACCACGGUGGGAAAUUAACUGUUUGGUCCACCAGCCACUGUGGCAGGUAAAAAUCUACCAGCCACUCAGAUUUUUUUAACCAGCAAAAUAUUUUAUUUUUUCGCUUACUUAAUGUAGCUAGCUAACAUAUUUAGGCUUUGCCUAUUCCUCUCUGAUUUAGAAGAUACUGUUUCACAAACUACACGCUGAUCUAGGCCGACACCAUCACUGGUACCAGGCUGUAUUAGCUAGCUAAGUUUGCUCUGACUCAGUAAAAAAUUUUUUUAGCUAGCCAGCUAACUAGCGAUUUAGCCUUAAUCGAACACGAUUUAUUUUCGCAACACUUGCUAAGAAAAGACAAAACUAGCUGUUUGCAAGACAGUAAGAUACAAAAAAACGAAUAGUGUAAUUAUAGAACGCUUUGUGGAUUUAUAUUAAGAAGUGGAAAGCUGCAUCGUUGUCGCCAACAUAUUGUUGCUUCUGCUGCAUUGACCGUUCAGACUGGAGAGGUGAAGGGUCGGCAGAUGAUCUCGUGGUCGAGCAACAACAACUGGGCUCCUUGAGGGGCGGGGCUUGGUGAGGGAGCGAGACGACUCGUGUAACGGAGUAAAGUAUAAAAAUGUAGUGCCGUAUCACGUUUAACAAACCCUGAAAUACUGUUAUAGAAGGUAAAGUCAAACCCGAACUGGUCCUUCAGAACCAGUAUAUAGUCAAAUACGGUUUACCACCCAGCCCUAAUGCUGACUGACAUAUCUAAUCUUGGUACAGACUGUUAGAUUGUCUGUCAAUCAAUCGGAUGUCUUUAUAAAAAAGUAACAAUCCUGCUUUCUGGAAUACUCCACUGGGUACAAAUGGCAUUUGUUUUCUUUCACACCUCUGAGUACUGGGGUCUAGCCGACGACUCCUCUCUGUGGGCCCUAGUACUGAGGUCUAGCCGACGACUCCUCUCUGUGGGCCCUAGUACUGAGGUCUAGCCGACGACUCCUCUCUGUGGGCCCUAGUACUGAGGUCUAGCCGACGACUCCUCUCUGUGGGCCCUAGUACUGAGGUCUAGCCGACGACUCCUCUCUGUGGGCCCUAGUACUGAGGUCUAGCUGACGACUCCUCUCUGUGGGCCCUAGUACUGAGGUCUAGCCGACGACUCCUCUCUGUGGGCCCUAGUACUGAGGUCUAGCCGACGACUCCUCUCUGUGGGCCCUAGUACUGAGGUCUAGCCGACGACUCCUCUCUGUGGGCCCUAGUACUGAGGUCUAGCCGACGACUCCUCUCUGUGGGCCCUAGUACUGAGGUCUAGCCGACGACUCCUCUCUGUGGGCUCUAGUACUGAGGUCUAGCCGACGACUCCUCUCUGUGGGCUCUAGUACUGAGGUCUAGCCGACGACUCCUCUCUGUGGGCUCUAGUACUGAAGUCUAGCCGACGACUCCUCUCUGUGGGCUCUAGUACUGAGGUCUAGCCGACGACUCCUCUCUGUGGGCCCUAGUACUGAGGUCUAGAUGACGACUCCUCUCUGUGGGCUCUAGUACUGAGGUCUAGCCGACGACUCCUCACUGUGGGCUCUAGCCGUUGGAAAUGCGUCAUAUAGCUUUACCCUCAUUUAAUGCCAUUAGCCCUGUGGGAUAUUACUGUAGAACAUUACUAAUAAUAAAUAUCUACUGCCAUUAGCCCUGUGGGAUAUUACUGCAGAACAUUACUAAUAAUAAAUAUCUACUGCCAUUAGCCCUGUGGGAUAUUACUGUAGAUAGUUACUAAUAAUACAUACAAAUACAAAUUUACCAAAGUAGUCUAAAGUUCACCGCUUCCUCUCUGGUUUUAUUUAAAUGACAAUAUAAAUUAUUGAAUUUAAACAUCUAGAGAAUGUGAAGUCACAUGCUGUAGCAAUCAUCUGAGAUGUGCAGCAAUGACUAUAAAACAUUCAGCAGGUGGAGGCAGUGGGCAACGUCAUUUCACACUGUAGUAAAACAAGUCAUUUGAAAGGCGGUUAGGUGACUAGUGCUAAAUGAAGUGUCCUUAGGAGCCUACUUAUCUGUUCUGGUUAAAAGUUGCUCUGCUCAAAGCUCAUUUUUGGUGCCAAUGUCUGUCACCCUGUAGCCUCUAGUCUUGCACAGUGUAAUGUAUCCAUUGUAAUUGCAUUGCGUCACCCCCCCUCGUCUCCCUCCCAGGCAACAGAGCAGGCCAAGGAGGAGGUGAAGAGGGUUCUGUCUGUCCUGAACAGUCACCUGAACACCAGGACCUUCCUGGUUGGAGAGAGAGUCAGCCUGGCUGAUAUCAGCGUGGCCUGCAGCAUGAUCUGGCUCUAUAAACAGGUUUGAUGUUCUGUUUUUACUGUUGUGACGACAAAUACAUAGGGCUUCAUGUCUCUCUGACUUAGUCUAGGUGGGUGUUUCCCUAUCCGUUCCUCAAAGUACCUCUUGCACUGCACACAUUUAGCUUCAGUUAACUAAUCAAUGGCUUGUUUUAUCAGGGAACCCCUUAUAUUUAUAUAACAAACAUACGCUGUCUCUCAAAUUGGCUCCCUAUUAAGUGCACUUAUAUAGGGAAUAGUGUGGCAUUUGGGAGUCGUACAUGGGGACGGUUUACCGGAGACAGAGUAACCCUAGUGCUGGACUAAAAUACACUUUCAAUGGAGAUUGAAAAGACUGUCAAAGGAUUUUGAAUCCAGGACUGGGCUUAAUCUGGGUCCAGGGAAACCAGCCGAUAUGGCUUUGAUGUCCUAUAAUUUAGCCUAGGGUAGUAUUUCUCUCAACAUUCCUCGAGGGAGUACCUUCGAGGACUGAACAUAUCAGCUCUAGCUUACAAGCUUUCCCAGUGGAUUGGGAAACACUGGCCUAGAUGUUGCCGUUUAUGGUUUUAAAUGACCCCCUCCUCCUGUAGGUCCUUGAGCCUUCCUUCCGCCAACCUUACCCCAACGUGACCCGCUGGUUCCAGACCUGCGUCAACCAGCCCCAGUUCAAGACUGUGCUCGGAGAGGUCAAGCUCUGCGACAAGAUGGCUCAGUUUGAUCGUAAGGACCGACUUUAGAAUGAAGGAUUGUUCCACAUAUUGUUCUAGUUCCAUUAUCUAAAAACAGUUACAUGUUUUUGAUAGAUUUCUAAAUGAGAAAUAUUUUGACUUUGUUUUUAAUGGAGAUAAUUAAUUAAAAAGCUUAUAUGAAGUAAUUGUCACCCACCCAAGACGUACUAUCAUGACAGAGGCAUCCCCCUCGUUGUGAAAUCUAAUCUUUGGGAGAAUAACACAGGACUUUGGCACAGGUUAAAGUAGACCCAAUCUACAAUAAUCUGACUAGAAGACCUGGGACAAUAGCUGCUAUAUUAUGAGCGGUGGCGGUACGCCCCUCUUCAAGCACUGAUGGAUGCUAAUGUUGUGGUCAAAUGGUAAUAACAUUUGUUUUGACGUAAAAGGAUGUGAACACAAGGAUACACUGGGUCUAGUCUAGGACACUACACUGGGUCUAGUCUAGGACACUACACUGGGUCUAGUCGGCAGGUAGCUUAGUGGUUAAGAGCGUUGUGCCAGUAACCGAAAGGUCGCUGGUUCUAAUCCCCGAGCCGACUAGGUGAAAAAUCUGUCGAUGUGCCCUUGAGCAAGGCACUUAACCCUAAUUGCUCCUGUAAGUCGCUCUGGAUAAGAGCGUCUGCUAAAUGACCUAUUAUUAUUAUUAGUCUAGGACACUACACUGGGUCUAGUCUAGGACACUACACUGGGUCUAGUCUAGGACACUACACUGGGUCUAGUCUAGGACACUACACUGGGUCUAGUCUAGGACACUACACUGGGUCUAGUCUAGGACACUACACUGGGUCUAGUCUAGGACACUACACUGGGUCUAGUCUAGGACACGACACUACACUGGGUCUAGUCUAGGACACUACACUGGGUCUAGUCUAGGACACUACACUGGGUCUAGUCUAGGACACUACACUGGGUCUAGGACACUACACUGGGUCUAGUCUAGGACACUACACUGGGUCUGGUCUAGGACACUACACUGGGUCUGGUCUAGGACACUACACUGGGUCUGGUCUAGGACACUACACUGGGUCUAGUCUAGGACACUACACUGGAUUUAUUAUGGCUGUCUUUAUUCUCCAGCCAAGAAGUUCUCUGACAUGCAGCCCAAGAAAGACGCCCAGCCCAAGAAAGAUACCCCUCCCAAGAAAGACGCCCAGCCCAAGAAAGAGAAAGCUGGAAAGGAGGCAGGCAAACCUCAGGAGAAGAAGAAGAAGGAGAAGGAAGCUGCCCCUGCUGUGGAGGAGAUGGACGAGUGUGAAGCAGCUCUGGCUUCAGAACCCAAAACGAAGGACCCCUUCGCUCACCUGCCAAAGAGGUACGUCAUAUGUCCACAUACAUGAGGGCUAUACUAAGAAGCUGGAUCAAUGAGUUAGCCAGCUAACUUGCCUAAAUGUUGUGAUUUAACCAUUUUUUUUUAUUAUUUGAAAGAUGAGCUUGAAAUGGUCAUGGUGAAAUUAACUCAACAACCAACCAAAAAUACACUCGUAUGUUUUUGUCAUCUUGACCUCCCGAGUGGCGCAGUGGUCUAAGGCACUGCAUCGCAUUGCUAGCUGUGCCACUAGAGAUCCUGGUUCGAAUCCAGGCUCUGUCAUAGCCGGCCGCGACCGGGAGACUCAUGGGGCGGCGCACAAUUGGCCCAGCAUCGUCCAGGGUAUGGGGAGGGAAUGGCCGGCAGGGAUGUAGCUCAGUUGGUAGAGCAUGGAGUUUGCAACGCCAGGGUUGUGGGUUCGCUUCCCACGGGGGGCCAGUAUGAAAAAAAUAAAAAAUAAUGUAUGCACUCACUAACUGUAAGUCGCUCUGGAUAAGAGCGUCUGCUAAAUGACUAAAAUGUAAAUGUAAAAAUGUAUGUAUUACGUUGUAUUUAUAAAUUGUAUAUGCAGGCCUCCCUCAUAAAAUAGAUCUACAUCUCAAUGAGACUCCCUGCUAAAAUAAAGGUGAAAAAUAACAUGUUUUAGCUUCCUUAAUGAACCAGAAAAUCGAUAGUUAUUUCGGGUUGUUUAUCAAAGUUGGCUGGGUAACUCAUUGAUCCGAAGGGGGGUACACUACAAAGCCGGAUCAAUGCGUUAGCCAGGUAACUUUGAUUAGCAACCAAAAAUAAUUAGAUUUUCUGGUUCAUUUUUUAAAAUAAAAAGCUAAACUUUGUAGUAUACCCCUCAGGGUCCCAAUCGGUUUCGCCUUCUUUCAAACCCCUUUGAGUACUGGGGGCUGGUCCAGAAAGCUGGAUCAGUGAGUUUGGCCAGCUGUCCAAAGUCCCUUUGAAAUAACUGAAUAUUUUUGAGGAAUUAAAAUUGACAUGGUAUAAUUAUCUUAUACAAAUGUAGCUUUUUUUUUUUAAAAGGUUCAAUGCAGCAUUUUUUAAAAUCUCGAUAUCAAAUAAUUUCUGGGUAACAAUUAAGUACCUUCCUGUGAUUGUUUUCAAUUAAAAUGGCCAAAAAGAAACAAAAGUAGCUUCUUAGCAAAGAGCAAUUUCUCAAGCAAGAAUUUUGCUAGGACUGUCUGAGUGGGGGAGGACAAGCUGUUAUUGGCAGAGAGGUUUGGAACUCUUUCUUAUUGGUCUACUAACUAAUUGAAUGCCUGGUGAUGUCACCAGGGAGGCCAAAACUCCAUCCCACCAAAACAGGCUGACAUUUCAGGCGGUGUUUUCAAACAGCUCUUACACUAAAAGGGCAUUUUAUAAUUUUCAAAAUAUUAUUCCAACCUCAGUGUGGAACUACAGUGUGUGUAUAUAUAAAACACAGGAAAAACAACGUGUUUGACUUCAGUAGGCCUUUAAUCAACCAGAAAAUCAUGAGGUACAUGUGACUAUAAAAGUUAGUUGACUAAUUGUCAUGCUUUCUCGAAUACUCCGCUUGUCUCGAAUACUCCGCUUGGUUCAAAUCUAAGGUCUAUCCUGACAGACUCCUUCCUCUCUGUGGGCUUUAGUACUGAGGUCUAUCCUGACAGACUCCUCUCUGUGGGCUCUAGUACUGAGGUCUAUCCUGACAGACUCCUCUCUGUGGGCUCUAGUCAUUGGAAAUGACUCAAAGAACAAACCUGUGGUUUAGCUUUACCCUCAUAUCUACUGCCAUUAGCCCUGUGGGAUAUUACUGCAGAACAUUACUAAUAAUAAAUAUCUACUGCCAUUAGCCCUGUGGGAUAUUACUGUAGAACAUUACUAAUAAUAAAUAUCUACUGCCAUUAGCCCUGUGGGAUAUUACUGUAGAACAUUACUAAUAAUAAAUAGCUACUGCCAUUAGCCCUGUGGGAUAUUACUGUAGAACAUUACUAAUAAUAAAUAUCUACUUCCAUUAGCCCUGUGGGAUAUUACUGUAGAACAUUACUAAUAAUAAAUAGCUACUGCCAUUAGCCCUGUGGGAUAUUACUGUAGAACAUUACUAAUAAUAAAUAUCUACUGCCAUUAGCCCUGUGGGAUAUUACUGUAGAACAUUACUAAUAAUAAAUAGCUACUGCCAUUAGCCCUGUGGGAUAUUACUGUAGAACAUUACUAAUAAUAAAUAGCUACUGCCAUUAGCCCUGUGGGAUAUUACUGUAGAACAUUACUAAUAAUAAAUAGCUACUGCCAUUAGCCCUGUGGGAUAUUACUGCAGAACAUUACUAAUAAUAAAUAUCUACUGCCAUUAGCCCUGUGGGAUAUUACUGCAGAACAUUACUAAUAACUCAAUCUGCCUCUUCUCUCUCUACCACUCCUUCACUAUAGUGGUCCAAAGCCAGUACAGUGCAUUCAGAAAGUAUUCAGACCCCUUGACUUUUUCCCCUCAUUUUGUUACGUUACAGCCUUAUUCUAAAAUGGAUUAAAUCUACACACAAUACCUCAUAAUGACAAGGGGAGAAAAAACACAUUUUUAGACCUUUCUGCAGAUGUAUAAAAAAACUACUGAAAUAUGACAUUUACAUAAGUAUUAAGACCCUUUACUCAGUACUUUGUUGAGGCACCUUGACACACCUGUAUUUGGGGAGUUUCUCCCAUUCUUCUCUGCAGAUCCUCUCAAGCUCUGUCAGGUUGGAUAGGAGUGUCGCUGCACAGGUAUUUUCAGGUUUCUUCAGAGAUGAUCGGGUUCAAGUCCGGGCUCUGGCUGGGCCACUCAAGGACAUUCAGAGACUUGUCCCAAAUCCACUCCUGCGUUGUCUUGGCUGUGUGCUUAGGGUUGUUGUCCUGUUGGAAAGUGAACCUUCACCCCAGUCUGAGGUCCUGAGCGCUCUGGAGCAGGUUUUCAUCAAUGAUCUCUCUGUACUUUACUCAGUUCAUCUUUCCCUCGAUCCUGACUAGUCUCCCAGUCCCUGCCGCUGAAAAACAUCCCCACAGCAUGAUGCUGCCGCCACCAUGCUUGAACGUAGGGAUUGUGCCAGGUUUCCUCCAGACGUGACGCUUGGCAUUCAGGCCAAAGAGUUCAAUCUUGGUUUCAUCAGACCAGAGUCCUUUAGGGGCCUUUUGGCAAACUCCAAGCGGGCUGUCACGUGCCUUUUACUGAGGAGUGGCUUCCGUCUGGUCACUCUACCAUAAAGGCCUGAUUGGUGGAGUGCUGCAGAGAUGGUGGUCCUUCUGGAAGGUUCUCCCAUCUCCACAGAGGAACUCUAGAGCUCUGUCAGAGUGACCAUCGGGUUCUUGGUCACCUCCCUGACCAAGGCCCUUCUCCCCCGAUUGCUGUUUGGCCGGGCGGCCAGCUCUAGGAAGAGUCUUUGUGGUUCCAAACUUCUUCCAUUCUUCUCUGCAGAUCCUCUCAAGCUCUGUCAGGUUGGAUGGGGAGCGUUGCUGGCCAGCUAUUUUCAGGUCUCUCCAGAGGUGUUCGAUCAGGAUCAAGUCCGGGCUCUGGCUGGGCCACUCCAGGACAUUCAGAGACUUGUCCCGAAGCCACUCCGGCAUUGUCUUGUCUGUGUGCUUAGGGUCGUUGUCCUGUUGGAAGGUGAACCUUCACCCCAGUCUGAGGUCCUGAGCACUCUGGAGCAGGUUUUCAUCAAGAACCUCUCUGUACUUUGCUCCGUUCAUAUUUCCCUCUAUCCUGACUAGUCUCCCAGUCCCUGCCGCUGAAAAACAUCCCCACAGCAUGAUGCUGCCACCACCAUGAAUCACCGUAGGGAUGGUGCCAGGUUUCCUCCAGACUUGACGCUUAGCAUUCAGGCCAAAGAGUUCAAUAUUGGUUUCUUCAGACCAGAGAAUCUUGUUUUUCAUGAUCUGAGAGUCCUUUAGGUCCACAUAGGAACUCUGGAGCUCUGUCAGAGAGACCAUUGGGUUCUUAGGUCACCUCCCUGACCAAGGCCCUUCUCCCCCCGAUUGCUCAGUUUGGCCGGGUGGCCAGCUCUAGGAAGAGUCUUGGUGGUUCCAAACUGGCCAACGUGUUCUUGGGAACCUUCAAUGCUGCAGACAUUUUCUUGUACCCUUCCCCAGAUCUGUGCCUCAACACAAUCCUGUCUCGGAGCUUUCCUUCGACCUCAUGGCUUGGUUUUUGCCCUGACAUGCACUGUCAACUGUGGGACCUUAUAUAGACAGGUGUGUGCCUUUUUACAAAUCAUGUCCAAUCAAUUGAAUUUACCACAGGUGGACUCCAAUCAAGUUGUAGGAACAUCUCAAGGAUGAUCAAUGGAAACAGGAUGCACCUGAGCUCAAUUUCGAGUCUGAUAGCAAAGGGUCUGAAUACUUAAGUAAAUAAGGUAUUUAUGUUUUUAAUUUUUGAUAAAUUAGCACCAAAAAAAUGAAAAACCUGUUUGCUUUGUCAUUUAUGGGGUAUUGUGUGUAGGUUGAGGGAAAACAUUCAUUUGAUUCAAUUUUAGAAGAAAGCUGUACCAUAACAAAAUGUGGAAAAAGUCUGAAUACUUUCCGAAUGCAAUGUAUAUAUCAACUUCUGUACACUAUCUAGUCACCUAAUAACUCAAUCUCUCCUGCUUCCUCUCUCUCUCUCUCCUCUUCCUGCAGUGCGUUUGUCAUGGACGAGUUCAAGAGGAAGUACUCUAACGAGGACACCCUGACCGUAGCCGUUCCCCACUUCUGGGAACACUUUGACAAGGAGGGCUACUCCAUCUGGUACGGAGAGUACAAAUACCCAGAGGAGCUCACCAUGACCUUCAUGAGCUGCAACCUCAUCAUGGGUGAGAUGGCUACCACAGCCAACCAUAGGCUGUACACACACAGAUCUACACAGCCAACCAUAGGCUGUACACACACAGAUCUACACAGCCAACCAUAGGCUGUACACACACAGGUCCACAUCUCCCACUGACCCCAUGACCUUCAUGACCUGUAACCUCAUCAGAUGUAGAAUACACAGAGCCGUAGCUCCACACACAUCAGACCUUAGAAAGUAGUGACACGUGGAAGUCAUACUGUAAGUGACAGUUAUGUAGACGCGUCAAAGGGCCGACUCGACAGGAAAGGUCCGACUUCCUUGCGAAUCUCACUUUUCACGCGGCGUUGGCGCCAAUGUAUUUAGAGUCAAGGAUUCCACACGUAGCGAACAUUGUCAAAAAACGGAAUGUCGUAGUCUUGUGUUCUAAGAGCUGCUUCAUCUUUCAGGAAUGUUCCAGCGACUUGACAAACUCCGGAAGAACGGCUUUGCCAGCGUGAUCCUGUUCGGCGGGAACAACGACAGUAGCAUUUCUGGAAUCUGGAUCUUCAGAGGACAGGACUUAGCUUUCACUGUGAGUUUCUGUUUUCCCCUUGGGGGGCUGUUUGGGGUGGAAGGUCAUUUAGUAGACAAUUAUUGUCCGUUGUUCCCCUGUGGAAUAAUAAAGCUGACUGAAGUGAACGUCUUGGCGAGACACUGGGGACCGGUUUCCCAGACAUAGAUUAAGCAUAGUCCAGGAUUAAACAUUUUAAUUUCCCUUGACCAAGCUUUUUAAUCCUGGACUGAAGUUAGCCUGUGUCUGGGAAACUGGCCCUAGGGGAAUCAGAGAGAGGUGGGAGGGCUACUGCAGUUCUGAAUUGAGAACGUGCUCUAGGAGAACCCUGUUCUACAACCAUAUACAUUUGAGUGAUUUGGUUGAUCUUGAUAUAGUCUCACCAAGGAUUUAUAAACCCUACAGGUUAAUUCUUCUGUCCCAAUAUUGGGAAUGUUGUUAAUUCAAUGAUUGUAUGCUUGCGUUUAGUUGACCACCUAUAAUCUCUCCCUCUGUGUAGCUGUCUGAUGACUGGCAGAUUGAUUACGAGUCUUACGCCUGGCGCAAACUGGACCCCGACAGCGCCGAAACCAAGACCAUGGUCAAGGAGUACUUUGCUUGGGAGGGAGAGUUUAAACAUGUGGGUAAACCCUUUAACCAGGGCAAGUGCUUCAAGUGAGCAGCGGUGGAGGAUGAAGGCACCAUGGCCGGGAUACGUCCUCCGCUGUACGUCAACACCUUUAACCUGAGGACAUUCAACACCUUAAAACUGCACUUGGACCUUCUCAAACUGAUCUUCAGUUGGAGUGGAUUGUGUCUCAAUGGUCCAAAAGAAGUGGUUGUUUUGAGUUGACAAAUAAACAUGUUUUCCACAAUGCCAUUUUCUGGAUUUGUUUUUGGUGAUAGAAUUUCCCAAAAAGUAAUGGUAGAUGACUUGUAUUAGUUUAGACUAUUUUUGUUGCCUUGUUGUAUCCCAUCAACUAGCUACACCGUUUUAAGCCUGAAUCUCCUUUCAGUUCGAGCCAGAGUGCCAGUGUGUUUGUCCCUUGUCAGUCGUCGUCAUGUUGGGCUUAACAAUGAGCAGUGGAUUUGGCAAGAGCACAAACUGACCUGGGAGCAGGCUAAUUCAGUGAAAGUAUUCAGAUAUUUUAUUCUGUUUUGGUGUAGCAAUCAUGGAGCUGAUAUCUGGACAUGGAAUAAAGGGUUAAAUUGCUGCCCAUAAAUUAAUUGGUUGCGUACAUUAUAGCCUUUUUAAUGUGGUGAAAAAAUAAAUAAUUGAACAUCUACAGUC